AGUACGGCGGAACCCCUGCCACGGGAAGACGGUGUCCCAGGCUGUAAACAUUAUAACGGUGAACAGGAAGUUAUCCCUGUAUAUCAGGGCUUUUAUGAUGGCAGCUCAAAACCCAACGGUUACUUUUAACAAUGGAUACAAAGUUCCAGUUUUCGGCCUUGGUACUUGGAAGUCAAAACCUGGAGAAGUAAUGCAGGCUGUUAAGGAUGCGAUUUCUUCUGGAUAUCGCCAUCUUGACUGUGCCCUUAUUUAUGGCAACGAACCUGAAGUUGGAGAAGCCAUUAAAGCAAAGAUUGCUGAUGGCACUGUAAAACGUGAAGAUUUGUUCAUCACUAGCAAGCUGUGGAAUACAUAUCAUAGUAAGAGCCUUGUCAUUCCAACCCUGAAGGAAUCCCUAACCAACCUUGGACUUGAUUACUUGGACUUGUACCUCAUUCACUGGCCUAUGGGAUACAAGGAGGGUGGAGAGAAAACUCCGACUGAUGAAAGUGGGAAAACCUUGUAUAGUGAUGUGGAUUACAUUGAGACCUGGCCAGCUAUGGAAGAGGCAGUGGAAGCAGGUCUUGUCAGGUCCAUUGGAGUUUCCAACUUUAGCAAGGAUCAAAUUGAACGUAUUCUUCAGAUUGCCAAAAUAGUUCCUGCCAACAAUCAGGUUGAGUGCCACCCCUACUUAAAUCAAAAGAAGCUUAUUGAUUACUGCAAAAGUAAAGGAAUAACUGUCACUGCCUACAGCCCACUAGGAUCUCCAGACAGACCCUGGGCCAAGCCUGAUGAUCCCUUGCUUAUGGAUGAUUCCAGGAUAGUUGGAAUAGCUGAAAAGUACAAGAAGACACCUGCUCAAAUUCUCAUUCGCUAUCAGAUUCAACGUGACGUAAUUGUUAUUCCCAAGUCAGUUACAAAAUCACGCAUUGAGGAAAAUAUCCAGGUGUUUGACUUUGCUCUGUCAGAUGAUGAUAUGAAGACUAUUGAUGGCUUUGACUGCAAUGGGCGUUUCCUUCAUCUUACUUGGUAAUAUCUUUUCCUCAACCUGUUAAACUUAGAAUAAUGCAGUCAUG